CUGUUAGUGACACAACGAACCAUGGAAGUCAGUUAUUUGUGAUGAAUUUUGUACGCUCAGAAAUAUCGGCUCAUUGUUAGUUGAACAGCGAACCAGGAGAGUCGGUUAUUUGUGAUGUCGGUUAUUUAUGAUGACUUAUUUUCACCUACAGAUAUCGGCUCACUGUUAGUUAAACAACGAACCAGGAAAGUUGGCUAUUAGUGAUGAUUUGUCAUCACCUACAUUUAGCGGUUCACUGUGUUGGCUGAAUAAGAAAAGUGUAGAUACUGACUUUAUAUACAGAUAACGGCGUACCGUGUAAACUGACGAAGAGAUUUGGGGAAUCAGUUCUCUUUCGCUAACAGAAAAAGGUGGUUAUGUUAGUCGAAUAAGAAAUGAAGUGAUGAUUGCUGUUAUGACUACCGCUUAUUGUGUAGAAAAUAAGUAGACGACCACUUGUACGAAUCUAUCGGUAAAACUGUGGUGGCUUGGACAGCAGUCAGAACAUUUGAGUCGCUGAUUUAAAUUGACGCUUUAUGAUGUGGGGAUAAGCCGGUUAUUGAGCCUAGUUUUCUACCGUUAAUAAACAGUGGUUUUAUCUUAUUGUCAGGAAUAAAGGCAACACUUCCAGUGUAUUUCGUCUCUGGCAAUACUCAUUAAAAUAAUGUGUGGAUUAACACGUAAAUCAAUGUGAUUCGUGGAAGUUAUUUAAUCAAUGAUCUCGUGGGAUUAACACGCUCCAUUGGUAAACAGCUCUUUACGUGGCUCGCAAUCAACCUUAGAUUUCAGUAUAUUUUGAUAAUUACGGUUGUUAGGAAGUGAUGUCUGUAGGUACCGAUGAAAUAAUUUGAGAUGUUUUACAGAAGAAGAAGAAAUUUGUCAAUACAUGUUGAUGGCUCUGAAAUGUCCGUGUAAGAAGUGGAUAUUAUAGACAUAUAUUAUCGUUAGAACUAUAAAUAAUUCGACAUGCCGAGUACAAAAAUAUCGGUAGCAAGUGUCGGAAUGAUCAAUUCUGAGGAAUCUUCCAACGUUCACUGGGAAUCUGAUUUCAGCACAGAAAAGGUGACAGCAGAAGAUGCUAAACGUUCGAAUUGUCUAGUAUCAGCUUUACGUCCAUUGCUCCUGUCAAUGUCGUUGGUGGGUUUGUUUGAUAUUUGGAAAAUUCAAGAAUACGGAAAUGAAAAAUCAGGAAGCAGAAGAGCUUUUUUCAAGGUAUACCGAUUAGGGAUACUUGGUAUAUUGACUUUUAAUUGUAUCCGAUUUUUUCUGGCAUAUCACUCGUUUGAAUUUGGAUCCGAGCUACUUUCAUCCAUUCUAUUACACGCGUGGUUUAUUCUGUGUCUCAGUUACGCUUUAACAUGCUACAAAAUGGUUGAAAAUCCUACAAAUCUUGUUCGCUUUUUCAACCUUUGGCGGAAGUAUUGGAAUUUGGUAAAAAGCGCGCAGAAUGAAUCCAGUGCCGAGCAAGCAUGUUCCUGGCGUCGAGUCCGAAAAUAUGCGAUCGUUUCCACGGUCAUUGGAUGGUCUGCAGUUCUCGGAAAUAUAGGAUUUUGCAGUUACACCAUGAUAACCGGGACAGCCUUCAAAAACAUACUAGAACCAUUUCCAAGGACAAAUGAUCUUUUCCCGGUAAUUGCAGCAUUAUUCCAUGUCAUUAUUGUAUGUCUUUCUUGCGCAUGGGCAUUUGCUACAACAUUGAUGAUUGUGCUAGCCUUAUCAAUGUAUCAAGAAUUUAAACAUUUCGCCGAAAGACUGGAGAAAGUCACGCAAAAUAAACAGGUUUCAGAAGUGCAGGAAAAUCUAGAAUCCAUGAGGCAGCAGCAUAACGCCCUCUGUAAUAUGUUAGAUACUGGGGAUGACGUCUUAAAACAUCAAGUCGGUCUUUGUCUGGUCCUAAAUGUCUUCAUUACGCUCAUACUUAUAUACAACAUUUGCUGGUAUGAAGCGGUUCGAAAGGAUAUUGGAACACUCGUCAGUCACAUCUUCUGGCUCUCCGGUUCAGGCACCAUGUUAAUUUCCCUGAUGGCGGUCUGUUGUAUGGUAAACAUUCAGGCGCACGAACCUGCAAAAUUCAUACACAACCUUUCCAUGAAAGACGUUACGGCUGAAUUUGCAUUGCAGGUAACUGUAUUCCUACACCGACUAAACGGACCACCUCUUGGUCUGACAGCUUGGUCCCUGUUUGUGGUAGACAAUCAAGUUGUUGUCAGUGUCGCUGGAAUGCUUGCAACCUAUUUCGUUGUUCUGCUACAGUUUCAACAGGCAUCGACUACAACGAAUACCGCUGGGAAUACCACAUUAACUUAGAAUUAUGAUAGAGCAUAUUACAAAAUAUUAACUACCAAAAAUAGCAGUUUGAAUUCCAAAAUAACUAAAAUGACAAAAAACAUGUCACAAAAAU